CUGACAAAGGAGGGAGUGGGUAUGAUGAAAAACAAACAAUGUGAGAGCUACAUUCAGUGUUGAGCUCACACAGUCAACAACAACACGGAGGGAAUGAAACUCAUUAAGCAGCCUAAUUAGUUCAUUUCCCUCUUCAGAAAACAUGAAGAAAGCUACAUCUGCCAAAGAGCUGAAUGUGGUGAUUGUGGGAUCACAAGGCUCACAUAAAGAUCUGGUUGGAAACAUCAUCCUGGGAAGAAACGCGUUUGAUGCCGUAGAUGCAACAUUCGACUGUGAGAAGGGAGAGGGAGAAGUGUGUGAGCGAAGAGUCACGUUGGUCCAAACCCCUGGAUGGCUGCGAGGAUAUCAGCUGUGUGAUACAGCAGAACUUUUCAAGACAGAGACGAUUCUCAGCGUCACUCUGUGUCCACCUGGACUGCAUGGUUUCCUGCUGGUGAUUAAUGCUGAGCUUCCAUUCACAGAUGUCUACAAGAAGGCGACAAAGGAGCACUUGGAGUAUUGUUUUGGUGAGAAGGUGUGGGAUCACACUGUAGUGGUCUUCAGCCACAGAGGCGAUAUAGUCCAUGAAACCAUUGAGGAUUACAUCAGUAAAGAAGGGGCACCACUCCAGCCGCUGCUGGAGGCCUGUGGUAACAGGUAUCAUGUUCUCUGUGAUGAUGGGACAGACAAAAGCACGAACGUCAGACAGCUGUUUGAGAAGCUUGACACCAUGGUGGCAGAAAACAGUUGUUAUGAAGUUGAGAGCAGGCUGAUACAAACUGUUGAAGAGAGGAGGAAGGAAGUGGACAAAAAAGCUGAGGAGUUGCGUCUGCAGACACAAGAACAAAGGCAAAGGCUCAGAAGGCUCCUGAGUGAGCCAAAACCCAGCCUGAGAAUCUUGAUGGUCGGGUGGGUGUUUUCUGGGAAGAGUGCCGCUGGCAACAGGAUUUUAAGAAGUGAAGUGUUUCACACUGGUGAGAGAACGAUGAAAGCUUUAAAGCAAAGUGGCGAGGUGGCUGGAAGAGAGGUCAUGGUGGUGGACACUCCUGGAUGGUGGAAAUUCUUCCCAGCGUCAUUUAUCCCUGAAGUUGUUAAGUCUGAGAUUUUAGAAGGGGUGUCUCUGUGCUCGCCAUCACCAAAUGUCAUUCUGCUGGUGGUGCCGCCCGACACAUCAUUUACUGAUGAACAAAAAAGAGUCACAGAGGACAACAUGAAGCUACUUGGACAGAGAGUGUGGAGACAUGUAAUAGUGCUGUUCACAUCUGGGGACACUUUGGGAAACAAAUCUAUAGAGCAACACAUUGAAAGUGAAGGAAAGCCUCUCCGUGGGCUGAUUGAGAAAUGUGGAAAGAGGUAUCAUGUCCUUGACAACACGAGCGAAGCUGGUGAUCAGGUAACAGAGCUGCUGGAGAAGAUGGAGGAGAUGGUGGCAGGAAACUAUUCUUUGCACCUCAGUGAAACAGAUGAUCCACAACAAGAAGAGAAAAGUGAUGAACCAACUAAAAACAAAGAUGAGAACACAGCCAAAGAGAUCACAGAACAACUUAACAUCAAAUGGGAUCGCAAGAACUGGGAAGAACACUGUACGUUAAAAGGAGACGACAGUAUGGAUUUACCAAUGAACUUUAGUGAAGACAAGCAGAGGCUCAAAGAUUUCAAAGCAGAGGAAGAAGACAAACGACAAAGUGAAGAUGAUGCAGGAUCCGUCUCUCUGAACAUGAAGGAAUUGUUGGAGAGAGAGUGGAUCAGACGAGAGGCAUCAAUAGAACAUUACUACAAGUUCUUUGCAGGUAAGCGCCAUCUCUGAACCAGAUGCUGAUUAGCUGUGGAAAUCAAUUCUAUUGUGUCAGAAAACCUGCGCAACUUCAGGCUAUGAGUCAACCUCUGCCACUAGCGGGGAAGCAAAGGAAGGGAAUGCACGAGAAGAAGUACUUUAAUGUACAAACCAUCUGUUUGUAAUGUGAAAGAUAACUAAUUUAAUGCACUUUAUAUUCAAGCAUGUUUAGUAAAUUUAGCGCGUUCACAGUGAAAACCAUUCCUGUUUGAAACAUUGAUAUGUCCAUGUUGCACAAAGGAACUGGGAACAAGUAGGCAGAGUGUGGGUAUUUUUCUUUUCUUCUUUUAGUGCAGAUUAUUGUUACCUGGCCAGCACCUGCAAAUGAAUUAUAGUUGUGGUUGUGCCUGAUGAUUGCCUUGCUAAAGUGAAAGCAUCUAAUAAACUAGUACUAUGGCCUUGGUUUCCCACCUUGUUUAUUUGCGUUGGAGGUCAAAAGCAAGUGUAAUAUAAAAGGAUAAUAUAACCACAUUUUUAUUACCUGUACUAUUUUAUAAUAUACUGUUGUUGACCCCAGACAGUGAAUAAAUAUGGUCUGGGUGGAGAUGUAUGUAUAUUUGUAUAGUUAAAACUCCAGGAGCUGCCCUGUUGGCUGAAGCAAAUGGCGCCAAUGAACGAUGAUGAUAAUCUGAAAUACCUGUCAUACUGUACAUUUUUCUUCUGUCCCAGAACGAUUUUGUGACAGCAGUGAGAUCGACUGUACAGACAAACUGAUGUAAUCACUGCUAUGAGGAAGAAAUAUUUGGAUUUCUUCAUGACAAAGAUAUUGAAGAUGCAGGUGUUUUUUUCCGUUUUGGAAAGAUUGUUUUUAGAACAGAAGAAAAUGAUUUUGCUUUGUUCACCUGAAAUGUAGAAGAAAAAAAAAAGAAGAUACUUAAGCACUGUUUUGUUUAUUUAAACCAGCUUUUUUCUGAUUAUUACCUGCUCUACUUUGUCUCAGUAAAAGCUUCACAGAUAAGAUUACUCCAUUAAUUCACAAUUUGUUCUGUUGAAUGAUUUUCUAUACAAUAUGACUGUUAUCAUUUUAGCAUUAAGUCUUAAGAGUAAUAAAAAUGUUUUAGCUGUUUUUAUACAGCUAUUUAUAACCUUGUGACUGUACUGUAGAUGAGGCAGUAUGAUACGGCAUGUUGAGGCGGAGGAUUUGCACUGUAUGACAUGAUGAGUUGGCUGAAUACUGAGAAAUCUACUUGAUUUUCCCCAGAAAUACAGGCUGCAAGAACUCCUUUAUAGUUGCAUAGUUGAUGUACUGUAAUUAAGAUGCCUCCUCUAAUCCUUAUUAAAGCAAUCACACAAAUAGUCAAAUAAUGAUGUACAACUUUGAAAUGCUGUUAUUAUACUAAUAAAGCCGGAUCAAAUAUCA